GGGCCGCCUUUGCCCUAUGGGAAAAGCGUCGGAAACAUCUGUGGGAAGAAGUCUGGGUGUAGGUUGUUUGUAAAGUCCGCACUACGUUCCACCUUAAUAAACGGUAGCUGCCCUAUUGCCUGGACACCUAUACCAUAGUCCCUAGCCUUUGCCGGAUGCGCAUCUCGACUUGUCUAUAUAGCGUUCGAAAGGAAGGAUAGCUUAUCAGCUUCGUCGAAAACGGCCGGCCCAUCGAUUGGAAACAUGGCAGACGAUGAGAAACGACCAUGUCUCCAAGCCUUGGUCUGAGGGCCAGCUACUUCCCAACACAGCUAUGCUUAACGACUCAUCCGUGUCCGGCCUAGCAGCUAUAUUAAUACGGGUAAGCCUAUAUGUGUACUGCGUUUCGGGUGGUACGCUACAUAGCUUUUCUCUCUCCACAGAGGAUAAAUCUUGGUGGGUAGAAGAUUCCUGCCCCCCUUUUCCUAAACUACCUUAUUAAUGGUACAUUAACUAUUGCCUUUAGUUCAUAGGGGUGGAACCUGGUCGUUCCUUGUUAGUUAAAUGGCCUCUUAUAUACUUUUAUAGAUGGCUCUUUAUUAUCGCGUUCCUAGUAUAGUGAAAAGAGGUUUUGGGAGCUAGUAGACUAUGUCGCCAUGGAUUUGGGCAUUAUUUCAUCUGUGUGUAUUGCUGCAAGAUGGGUAUGGCUCCCCGGAG